CGGCCCUGCCAUGUCCGGCCUUUCGCAAGUGCGUGUGAUCCGACCGAUGUUCUGCCCGGAGAGCUGGGCCUCUUCCCCGAACGGUCUGCGCCGGCUCGUUAUGUGAGAGUGACCACGGCCUGUGUGACUGGGCCCGUGGUGGGGAGUCCAGCCUCCCGCCAUGCGGCCCCACGCAGGCUGCUGGGCCAGGCAGGUCCUGGCCAUCCGCCCCUUUCUCCCGUCUCAGGUGAAGGAGAAGAGGGGCUGGACCCUGAACAGCGCUGGCUACCUUCUGGGUCCAAAUGCUGUUGACAACCACAGGUCAUUCCAUGACAAGCACGGCCUUGCUGGCAAGCGGGACCUGCAGCCUGAAGACGGCGCGAGGGCAGGCGACUCUGACGGGCGGCUGCCCUGGAACGAUGAUGAUGUGCGCAAGAUAAUGGAGUUUCUGACUUUCUUGCAUCUCAAAGAGACCGGGGUUCUGCUGCCCAUACUCCCCUCGGCGGCGUCCUGGGAAGACACAGAGCAGUCACCCUGAGGGAGCCGGGAAAGGCCCUCCCGUCCCAGGAAGUCAGAUUCUGAGACGAUGGGUCAGCUUGUGCCAACUCCCCGAGUCAGCCAGCCCCCCUCUCCUUUGAAGCUGUGUUGUUAUAAUUUAAGAUUUCCCCUUUGGUAAUUAUUCUCGUGGCAAAAUAAAAACCAGCAAGUGUU